AUGAGUGGCAAUUCGACAAAUCAAAGCACAUUAACUAGGAACGUUAGCUUUCACGAUUGGCAAAAGGCUAUAAAGAUGGAUAUUCGAGAUAAAAUCAAGGAUGAAAUCAAAAAGGAUCCCCGAAAUCGAUUGUAUCAACAUCAACAAUUUGCUGCAACUGCUGUGAAUGCACUUGAGCAACGUACACUUCUCGACGUCGAUUCUGAGCCGUUGAAUACUCGUCACACAAGUAUAAUAUGUACCUUAGGUAUGUUAAAAUCUCAUGGGAAUAAUGCGCGAAAUUUAUUCGAACAUUUAUUUCUAGGACCUGCAUCACAAAGUGUGGAGAUGCUCCAGAAAAUGAUCAAAGCUGGAAUGAAUAUUGCUCGAUUGAACUUUUCUCAUGGUUCCUAUGAAUACCACAAGCAAAGCAUUGACAAUGUCAGACAAGCGGAAGAGCUAACUAAAGAAAGUGGAACAUUCCGAACGAUUGCGAUCGCCUUGGAUACAAAAGGUCCAGAAAUUCGUACUGGUAUACUUGCUGACGGAGUUAACAGUGAACUUGACUUGCAAUGCGGUAUGGCAGUCCGUUUAACUACAGACGAAACCUAUGCGAAUAAGUCUACCAAGGAUAAUCUAUAUGUUGAUUAUAAAAAUAUAGUUAAAGUUAUUCAAAAAGACAAUCGAAUUUAUAUCGACGAUGGAUUGAUUUCCUUGUUAGUCAAAGAUAUCGGUGAAACUUACCUUAAUUGUGAAGUGGAGAACGGAGGUUUAUUGGGAAGUAGGAAAGGUGUCAAUUUACCUGGUGUACCCAUCGAUUUGCCAGCUGUGUCAGACAAGGAUAAAGGUGAUCUGAAAUUUGCUGUCGACAAUGAACUUGAUAUGAUUUUUGCAAGUUUUAUUCGUGAUGCUGAAGGUAUUCGUGCUAUUCGAAGUUUACUUGGUGAAAAAGGACAACGGAUGAAAAUUAUCGCCAAAAUUGAAAACCAUCAAGGCAUCAAAAAUUUCGACGAUAUUUUGCAAGAAGCUGAUGGUAUUAUGGUGGCACGCGGUGAUAUGGGUAUUGAAAUUCCAGCUCAGAAAGUUUUCGUGGCACAAAAGAUGAUGAUUGCUAAAUGUAACCAAGCUGGCAAACCUGUGAUUUGUGCCACGCAAAUGUUAGAGAGUAUGAUUAAAAAUCCUCGUCCAACUCGUGCCGAAGUUAGUGAUGUUGCCAAUGCUGUUUUGGACAAUGCUGAUUGCAUUAUGUUAUCUGGCGAAUCGGCAAAAGGAAAAUAUCCUGUUCAAUGCAUUCAAUUAAUGCAUGAAAUCGCUCGAGAAGCUGAAGCGUGCUUGUUUCAUCGAGAGUUGUUUGAGAAUCUCCGUUAUUUUACUAAACCACCAUUGGAUCAAAUACAAUCAGCAGCUAUAGCUGCAGUUGAAGCUGCCUUUCGUAGUUUUGCCUCGAUUAUCGUCGUUUUAACUCAUUCCGGAGAAUCUGCCCGUCUCAUUGCUCAGUAUCGUCCACGAGCUGUUAUCAUGGCAGUUACUCGAUCAUUGAAAACGGCUAGAUUGUUACACAUUUAUCGUGGCUGUUGUCCUGUCUACGUUGAAGUUCCACGCAAGAAAAAUACAACGGAAGACAACCAAAACAACGAUCAAGACCAGAAUGAUCCUGAUCAAGGAGAAAAGGUUGCAUUUAAACAACAUAACAUAUCAACUACACAAGCUCUGGCCAUGAGCGAUUGGUUACUUGAUGUUGAUGCACGUGUUAUCGAUGCAAUCCGAGUUGCCAAAGAUCGUGGUUUUUGCACAACAGGUGAUGCUGUUAUCGUUGUGACAGGAUGGCGUCCAGGUUAUGGCACCACAAAUACACUACGUAUCAUAUAUGCGGAUUAG